AAAGAUUCUUAAAAAUAAUAAAUAUUCAUUACAAAAUUAAAAUAUUAAUUUGUUAUUAUUUAUCAUUUUCUAAAACAAUUUUUUUUAUUUUUUAUAUCUAAAUCAAUUUUUUUUAAUAUUAUGUUAAUUUUGUGCAUAUAUUUAUGUAACUAUUUAUACCCAAAAGUUAUUUAUAAUCAAAUAUAUAAGUUUUGUUUCAUCUUAUUAAAAUCUCUUACAUAACCUUAAAUAUUUUUCCAAGUUAAGAAUGACAGCCUCCAAAAAGAAAGUAUUAAUGGUGUGUUUAGGAAAUAGUUGUCGUUCUCCUAUAGCAGAAGCAAUAUUUUAUGAUGAAAUAAAAAAAUUAAAUCUUCUUAAUUCUUGGGAAGUAGAUAGUGCUGCACUUUUGAAAUAUCAUGUAGGUAACAAUCCAGAACCCAGAGCUAUGUCUACACUCAAAAAAAGAGGCAUUAUAUAUUAUACUCACACAGCAAGACAGAUAACAAAGGAAGAUUUCUACAAAUUUAACUGGAUAUUUGGAAUGGAUAAUGGAAUAGUUUAUAAUCUAUUUCAAAUUCAACCAGAAGAUAGUCAAGCCAAAAUUGAGCUCCUUGGAAAGUAUGAUCCAAAUGGAGAGCAAAAUAUACAAGAUCCAUUAUUCGAUGAUGAUAGUAUUGGAUUUGAAAAAGCAUUUGAUCAAGCUGCAAGAAGCAUAAAAAUAUUUCUAAAUCAACAUAAGGAUAUAUGUUUAUAAUGUUUAUAUUUACAUGCUAAUUUAAUAAUAAUAUAUUUUUAUAUUAUUUUGUUUUGAAAUAGUAAGAUAUUAUUUAUUUUAUAUAGUCAAUAAUAAUAUAUAUAA